CCCCUCAAAAACAAAGACAUGUCCAGUCUUGUUGGAUCUGUAAUCAUUGCUGUUAGUAUCGAACACUUUCGUGAAAUCAACAACUUGCUAUUUUUAUUUACAUCUUGUUACAUCUCUUUAAGUUUUAGCUAUGUAAUACAAUCCAUUUUAAUGUAUACGAAAGAAAUCACUGAAGAAUAAAUGAAUUAGACGUGUAGGGACAAUGCAUAAGAUUCUAACAGAUGAUUUUCUAAGCAUUGAAAUAGUUAUCAAAACAGAGUGACUGUAUGAGGUGUUGUCGAAAUAGAAAAAUGCAACACAACGAGAGACAGUUCGAAGGUGCAUAUCAUAGACAACGGUAUUAAGCAAUAUCCAUGCACAUAAGCGGUUACGUACGGGAACCGGUUCUCCUGAAUUGUUAUACUUGAAAGGCUAGUUCCGAACGGACGAAACGGCACAAGGUGAAAGUAGAAUGAUAAAAGAAAAAUUUAGAGCUUGCAACACGAAAAUCCUCCGCUGAGCUAUCGAAAGACACGUGUAACGUAGCCCAGAGGAAGAUGCAUACUUCGGUCAAUUACAAUUUCAAGAGUAAUUCCGACAUUCAGUACGAGCUGUUAACUAACCUAUUUCGAGGCUGAUCGUAUUUCGCGAUUACGUAUUUGACGUGAACAUAACUACAAGAAAUAAACACGUAUCAUCGCAAUCAUCGUAUGAUUAUUUUAUCACAAACAAUAGAUACGUCUUAAGGCGCAGGCAUUUAUUGAUAAAUUGUUUACAAUGGCUGUGCCUAACAAGUGGGAGAAUGCUUGCAGAUUGUGUUCAGAGGUGAAAAAUGAAAUGUUACCAAUCUUUGGUAACGAAGGAGUACAACGUAAAGUAGCAAAAUUACGUGCUUGCCUGCCAGUUUUAGUGUAUAAAACCGAUCCACUGCCAAAGCAAAUAUGUCAGUUCUGUGCUGCAAGGCUAGACGAUGUUUAUGAGUUUAGAGAAUAUUGCCUGAGUGUUUAUAAAAGCAUGCUUAAGCUAUUAACAUAUAAGAAUAUUGAAUCUGUUCAGAUUUAUUUAGAGGCAAUGAAAAACUCUCCUGACCCCUGUCAGGCACAGUUAUGGAGAGAUAAGGCUAGAGCACCACCACCUUUAGUACCUUUGCCUGUUACACUGCCAGUUGAGAAUCGAUCAACACCGAUAGAUAUUAAUCAAGAGCAUCCAAGUAAUUGUGUCGAGUCAUUAUCUGAAUUACCAUGCGAGGUAGAAAUCAAAGAAAUGAAUACAGAACCAAUAUUAGAAACAGCUGUAAAUGUGUAUAAACCAUCAAAUAAAAAUAAUGUAGAAAAUAAGAUAUACGAAGAUGUAAUAGUGGAAGAUAAUACAAAUUCAUUAAUGGGAGAAAGCACUGAUUCUGAACAGAAUAUUCAGAUACAGAAAGAAGAAAAACGUACAAGUAUUUUAGAACAAGUACUGAUGGGUAGUUUGACAAUGAAUGACAGAAAAGAUUUAAAUUCAAAGACAAAACUAUCCUCUAAGUGGUGGUGUGCACCUUGUAAUAGUUACUAUAAAACAAAAGAAAGCUUAAUAAAACAUAUGCAAUUACAUUGUCCAAGAAAAUAUACUUGUAGAAAAUGUUCCACAUGUUUUGAACUAGUGGAAGACUUAGCUAGACACGAAGCUACCGAUCACUUGAAAGUGACAUUAGAUUUUGAUAAGAGCGUCAAAGAAUGCGAUCAAUGUGACAGACAAUUUGUAAGUUGGGAAAUGUUGAAGCAACACAGAUUAAGGGAUCAUUUGGCUCAAGCAAAUGAAAUUGGGACCAAUACACGAUGUUCUUUAUGCAAUAGGUAGUAUAAAUUCUAUUCUUGUCCAAGUGUAGAAGACUACCAGAAUCAUACUCAGUUACAUGAAAUUAGUAAUUAUGCAUCAAACAAAACCAUCACAGUUAACAGAUCCACAAUUAGUUAAAGUUCUUAAAAUGAGGAAUCUUUAAAGGAAGUAAAACAUAGAACCUUUUGUGCAGAAACUACUAAAUCACUCACGUGCCCUACUUGUGGAAAAAUCUGUACUCAGCAAAGUGCAUUGUCAAAUCACAUGCGUACUCACUGAACCUAAAGACAUAAAUAUAUAUGCGGACGUUCAUUUGGACUCUUCAUACGUCUAGCAGCACAUAGAAUGAGUGAACAUAGCCAACAACCUACAGUCUCACCAGUUAUGGCAAGUGUUGCAGAAGAAGCAUUAAAUGCUGGAGAAGAGGCUAGAGAAGCAAGAGAAGCUAGAACUCGUUCUACGAGAACAGAAUAUUACUUACAGAUGUUAGAAAGAGAAGAUAUUCCUAAUCACGAAGAACCACCAAUCAAAAAGAAGAAAUGUUCCUGUAAUACUAGUGCAUUUAAAAACGUUGCAAGGUGCGGUAUAUGUUUCCAAUGGUUUAGUGAUCACACUACGAUGUUAAUGCUACAAACGCAUUCAGAUAACUACACUUAAAAUUUUACAUGUCACAUAUGUAAAAAAUCAUUCAAAGAAAAGUGGCAAUUACUUAGACACGAGGUGUCACAUCAACGCAACGAGUCGACGGCAAUGUACGUAUGCAGUGUAUGUAAUAAAUCGUUUUUGGACAAGAAUGCGUAUAAAACACAUCAUAAAACGCACAUCGUUGACAAGACAUAUCAUUGUUCGAAGUGUAAUAAAAUAUUUUUCAAAGAAGUGUCACUGUUAACGCAUCAGUGUACAACAGAAACUUCGCUAGGUAAAAAAGGAGUUUCCUCAAAACCGUUACAGAAAGCUGCAUCGUUAAGUAACAAUAAAAAGUAUAAAUGUUCUAAAUGUGAUGCGUCGUUCAAGUUUCAAUCAAAGAAUUCUCAUAUGAGGAUACAUACGGAAGAAUCACAGACAAUUGUAAGCUCGCGACAUUUUCUUCAAGAACGAAACGCAGACUCCGAAGAAGAAUCUAUGCCAAAAUUAAGUCCUGAAACUUCGUUAGGAUAUUCAUUACCCAUUGAACCAAAAGUGGAAAAGGAAGAAAGUGCGCCACCUCCUGUUAAACGAACUCUUAUUAGAACAACUGGCGGAUAUCGGUGCGGGAUAUGCCAGUCUCCCUUUGUUUUACGCGAGUUAGCUGUUGCGCACCUAAGAUCUGCACAUCCUCUUAUGCCGUCGUGCCCUUAUUGUAAAAAGCGAUUUACAACGCAGUAUACGUUCACGCAUCAUAUUAAAACAGAUCAUCCUGAUGAACACGAGAAUUAAAUGAUAUAAAUAUAGUUAGCUCUAAUAUGCCAAUGGUUCUCAUACUAUAAAGAAUGCCUUGAGAUAACUUUGUGUUAUAAAUAACAAAAAUAUAUAUAUAUAACGGUUUUCAGUUUUAUACUGAAGCUGUGAUUUGAUAAUCUGGCAUACUAGUUCCUGAACAAAUAAUUGGCCUUAAAUAAAGUUUUGUUAGUUCUGUUUCAUGGAAAAUGAUAAUACUAUAAAGGUAUAUUCAUAAAUAAAUAUAAUUGUGUUGAGCAAAUAUAGUUUUUUAAUAAAAACUAAGUAUCUAUUAUAGGAUACUGUAAUUAGGACUAGUACUUAUAUUGAACGUGCCUCGUAAGUACUGUGUCAUUAGCACUACACAAUUUUUUAGUCAAAUCGACGUAUAAAUACCGAAGAGACAAAAUAUCCUAUUAGAUAUUGUACGUCCGUUAGUGAUAGUUCCAUGGAAUAUUAUAAAAGUGUUAACUCCGUUUACAUGUUUUUAGAAUUAAAAAAAACAUUCCUUUUGUCAAAGAAAA